UGCGCCGACGCUUACCGCUUUCGUUAUUUCGGUAUAUUGUCUUUGGUCAGUUCCCGCCCAAACGUCGGACGACGCGGUCGGUGACCAAUGUGUAUCGUUUUAAUUUAUGAGUGAAAAAUGGCAACAUGGAAGUGUUUAGUUGUUAUUGUGUUGAUUUCGUUAAUUUUUGCGGAGAACUGUAGAGCUUAUAGUCCUAGAGAAUGUGGAGUGCCAUUAAAAAGACACACAAGGCAGCCACGAGACAGGACCGCGGGCCAGCUCCGCAUCAUCAAAGGUCGGGAGUCGAAGCGAGGGGCUUGGCCCUGGCAAGUGUCACUCCAGCUCCUCCAUCCAAACUACGGUCUGAUCGGGCACUGGUGCGGCGGGGUGUUGGUGCACCCGCUGUGGCUACUCACCACUGCUCAUUGCAUACAUAAUGAGCUGUUCAAUCUGCCAGUGCCGGCGCUUUGGACCGCGGUGCUGGGUGAGUGGGACCGCGCAGAGCAGAAGGGCUCGUACGUACCCGUCGAGAGGAUCGUGCUGCAUCAUCGGUUCCACAACUACCAGCAUGAUAUAGCACUUAUGAAGCUAACCAAAGCUGCCGACGUCAGCACAGGCAGUCGAAUCCGCACAAUAUGCUUACCACAGUUUGAGCCACCUAUCCUCAACUUCAACACAGAGAAGACCUCAUUCUAUAUGAGGCCUGAGGCGAACCAAGAACCCAUAAAGAGAAAAUCUAACAGACCGCCAAGACCCAACCCAGACACCGCAGCCAAAUACCUCGAGAAACUUAACAAUUUAACUAAAAAUAUAUUUUCUGGAUUCACAAAGAAACACAAAAAUAUGCGAUAUAACGUCCGAGUGGCGAACGAACAGAGACAAGGAGAUAGAAAGGAAGAACUACGAAGAACUGAUGAUGAUAAAGACAGUGUCCUUUACGAGAGCGCAACUCUAGAUAAUGUUGUUAAAAUCAUCAGAACAAAACUACUUAAAGACAGACAAAAAGUAAACAGCAAUGAAAGAAGUGACAAGAAAUUAAUGUUUGGUGAAGAAAUAGAUCCUUUUAUAGAUUACAAUGGUAUUGAUAUGAGAGAAGAGUGUUACGCGACAGGAUGGGGAAGAGAUCAGACGAACGGGACUCUUACUGACGUGUUGCUUGAAGCGGAAGUACCGAUCCUGCCGUUAAAAACUUGCAGGGAUCGAUAUGCAUUGACCUUGCCACUAAAUGAUGGACAUCUCUGUGCCGGAAGCACCGAUGGGAGCACCGGCGCUUGUGUGGGUGACAGCGGUGGCCCUCUCCAAUGCCGGUCAGGUGGCCGAUGGGAACUCCGCGGCCUCACUUCCUUCGGCUCUGGAUGCGCCAGGAGAGGGGUUCCUGACGUCUACACAAACGUCGCGCACUACGUGUCAUGGAUUUACGCCCAUGUGUAUGCUACUUAGCGUCUCACCACAGAUCAAUAGUGAAAUCGAAAGUGCAUAGUUAGUAUAGGUCAGUUAACUAAAGUUGGCACGUUCAUAGUACUCAGACCAAUACAAUUUAAGCAGUAUGUUAAAAAAACAAUUGAAGUGAUAGAUGCAAACAAAACAUCACACUAUAUUUUUGACAUUGUUGAUGCAUGAGCAUCGCGUUGUCAUGACGACUGACGUAUAUUAAUUAUUCUCAGACACUUCACACACGCGCCAUGUGAAUGUGUUGUCGCCAGCCUUAGAUAAUCGCACUAUACGGACUUUGGAAAAAACUGCUUUGAAUUGUGAUUUCAAAGGAAACGUUGGUGCGACAAUUAUUUAAUUUCGUAGAAUAAGAAAUAUUUCAAAUGAUCUGGUAAAUUUAGGUAUUAUGUGUACGAUACAAAUUAAACUUAGCAUGACCAUUACUUAGGAAAAGCUAUUAACCAUAUUAAAACUCAAAUUUUGAACCGAAAUAGUCCUUUGUAAAUACACGUUAUUGAAUAAUAUAUUAUUUGCAAUGCAAUUUAGUGAAAAUUGUACACACCGUAGUAAUCUAAAAUAUUUUGGCCUUACCUGUAAAUGGUCUUUACUGCCGGACUAGUCCAUGUGGAUUAAAAGUUUACUAUUACCCACCGUCACCACUGAUAAGUCUCAUUUGUACACGCCUCUUAAGGUGGUAGCUCAAGGUCCAUUUUCAUACAUUUUGUUUCGGCUUUAAUCUGGGUAACUAAACAAGUAU